AUCUCUUAGCAACUCUAGCAGCUUCUCAUAAAUAGGCACUAUAUAUUUUCUUUCUCCUAGCUGUUCUGCAACAACAUAGAAAGAUAAAUAUUGGGUACUCAAAAGAGAAAAAAAAGGCAGUUUAAGAUAAAAUCGUACUAAACAUGACAAAGUUGACAGGGUAUUAUGGUAUUAUACUGGUGGUAGGUCUCAUAGUGUUGAAUUUUGUCGCUGAGGGAGCUGAUCCCUUAGAGAAGGAGUGUGCAGAUAACUUUCAGAAAUUGACAGAUUGCCUUGGUUACGCCACUGGCAAAGGAACCACCCCGACAGACGGAUGUUGCAAGUCUGUGAGCGGAAUCAAAGAAUCAAAGCCUGUUUGUCUCUGUUACAUAAUACAACAGAUGCACACAGGUAAUAACCCUCAGUUGAAGAGCCUUGGUAUUCAGGAAUCUAGGUUGCUCCAGCUUCCGUCUGCUUGCAAGUUGGCCAAUGCAAGCUCCAGCGAUUGCCCAAAGCUUCUAAAAUUACCUGCAAACUCUCCUGAUGCUGCCAUCUUCGCUGAUCCAAGUCCAUCAACAGCAACACCAGCUGCAUCAAAUGAGACAUCAUCAACCACUGUGGCAAAACCUAGUGAUAGUAAAUCUGCUGGAAUCAGGCUACAGAUUGCAGCUCCACACCUUAUUGCUGGGAUGCUUGUGUCAAUCUUCACCACUGUUGUUUUCUUCUCUUAUGCAUAAUAGAUUCCUGAUCAACUAAUCAGCUGAUCAUUGAGCUUUUUAUGUAGUUUACCACGCUCUUCUUUUCUUUGCUUUCAUCAAUUUCAAGUAUGUACUAUGAUCUCUUAAUUUCUCUUGUAAGACGUCAGUAAUUCAAAUUUAUAAUCGUUUUUAAUCCA